CGAAAUUCCAGAUAAGCGCCUUCGACGCACCUUCAAUGGUGGUACUUCAAUAAGCAUGUCGACAUGCAAAGUACUUCUCCGCCAAUGGCCUCGCUACCUCUCCCGCCAGACACCCUCCGCUUUCCUAUCGCAUUCUAGCUGUUCGGUGCUCAAACAGCGCCAACCGCGUCUUGCGCUUCGCCGAACUUAUGCUUCCAUCUCCGCCGCAGAACUCAAAUUCGGUCAACCGCUUCACGAGACACAUCCUCAUAUCUUGAACCCGGGUGAAUUGACCCCCGGAAUCACCGCCCUCGAAUAUGCCCAGCGCCGCUCGCGACUCGCAAACAAAUUACCCAAACAUGCUGUAGCUGUGCUGGCUGCCUCGGAGGUCACCUAUCGCGCAGCGGGAAUCUUCAAUGAAUACCGUCAAGACUCCAAUUUCUUCUAUCUUACUGGCUUCAACGAACCCAGUGCGCUGGCUAUCGUCGCAAAUGACGGAUCAGGGAAUAAUCAUCUCUUCCAUUUAUACGUGCGCGAGAAGGACGCGAAGGCCGAACUCUGGGAUGGAGCCCGGUCAGGCACCCGUGCUGCCAUCGAUGUUUUCAACGCGGACGAGUCAGGGGACAUCGAUCGCAUUGGAGAUUUGCUCCCCAAGAUUCUGUCGGAUGCUACGGCGAUCUAUACGGAUAUUCCCGCCUUGAACCCCGGGCGGUCGUCCCUUCAUCGCUUCCUCUACGGACCCACUGCUACCUCCGAGAAGCUGAAGAAACUGGUCGACGACCGCAAGGUCAAGCCACUGAAGCCGAUACUGAAUGAGAUGAGAGUCUUCAAGAGCGAAGACGAGGUCGUACAGAUGCGCCGGGUGGGACAGGCUUCCGGCAGAGCGUUCACUGAAGCUAUGAGGCAGACAUUCACCAAGGAGAGAGACUUGACCGCAUACCUCGAGUAUAACUUCAGACGCAAUGGUUGCGAUGGCAGUGCCUUUGUCCCGGUUGUCGCGGGUGGUUCCAAUGCCUUGAGCAUUCACUACACUAGAAAUGACGAUGUGCUCCGGGAUGGAGACAUGGUCCUUGUUGACGGAGGCGGAGAAACGGGCACCUAUGUGUCUGAUAUUACGAGAACCUGGCCUGUCAAUGGCAAAUUCACCGACCCUCAGAAGGACCUGUACAAUGCGGUCCUGAGCGUGCACCGCCACUGUCUCUCCCUCUGCAGGGAAGAUGCAGGGGUGAGCUUGGAUCGGUUGCAUACGAUUGCUGAGAACGGUCUGCGGGAACAGUUGAUACAACUCGGAUUUGAUGUCUCUGGCGAUGCCAUGGGAAUCCUCUUCCCUCACCACGUGGGACACUAUGUUGGGCUUGAUGUCCAUGAUUGCUCGGGGUAUUCUCGUGGCUAUACUCUACGGGCAGGACAGUGUAUCACAGUGGAGCCUGGCCUGUAUGUCCCCGAAAGCGACCGUUGGCCGGAGAAGUUCCGCGGAAUUGGUAUUCGCAUUGAGGAUAGUGUUUGUAUCGGUGACGAGAACCCUAUCGUUCUGACUACAGAAGCUGUGAAAGAGGUCGAAGACAUUGAAGCCCUUCGGGAUUAGGAUAGAAGAAACAGGAAUAUUAGAUAGAUACCCUUCGAUUUAAUUGUAAACUAGAAACC